GAGACGCAAAGAAGCUUAAAGUCGCGUAAGCGCCAAAUUCUUCCAUCGGUUUCUCUCUCAAGAUCGACGGCUAAUACACAUCUUGAGCGACCCACUUUAAUCUCUGUCGUUAGUUUUGUUAAUUUCUGGUUUAAUUGAUCCCUCCUUAGUCUGUACUAGUUGAUGUUUCGUAGUUGAAUUCUAAGUUGCUGGUUGUUAAGGUUAGGCCUCCCUCCUCUCUCUCUCUCUCUCUCUCUCCAAAUUUCCAUCCGAAAAAUCUCCAUUUGUACAAAUCCCAAUUCGAUGAUGGACAUAAUGGUGGUUCCGCCGUGGCUAGAGCGGCUGUUAAUCACCGCCUUUUUCAGAGUCUGCCGGAGUCACGGCGACGCCGCCAGGAGUGAAUGUAAUAUGUAUUGUUUAGAUUGCAAUAGUGAUGCAUUUUGUUUAUAUUGCCGUUCAUCAAAACACAAAGAUCAUCAAGUGAUUCAGAUAAGGCGAUCUUCAUACCAUGAUGUGGUUCGGGUAUCGGAAAUUCAGAAGGUUUUGGAUAUAAGUGGAGUUCAAACAUAUGUAAUAAACGGUGCAAGGGUUUUGUUUCUGAACGAAAGACCUCAGCCUAAAGGUGGAAAGACAGUUUCUCACAUUUGUGAAAUUUGUGGAAGAAACCUCGUUGACGCAUUUCGUUUUUGUUCAUUGGGAUGCAAGGUUGUAGCAAUAAAGAAGAAUAAUGGGGACGGAAAUGAAGGGAUAUCAAGAAGAGUAAUGGACGAGGAAGAAGAAGAAGAAAAAUUGCGCGAAGGUGCGGAAAAAGACAUUUACCGGCCCUCACCUACUAGACCGUCUUCUAGCGCAAGAAGAAGAAAGGGCAUUCCUCACAGGGCACCCUUUAGGUCCUAACCAAUAAUUAAUUAAUUUACUCUCAUUUUUUUAUAAACUCAUAAUUUGGGUUUUAAGGGUAUGCCCACGAGCAAAAGCUUGGCAUGAGAAUAAUUUGGAAUUGUUAUUGGGAGUUGCCAUGCCAGCCAGCCAAGGAAAGGUGUAAAAAAAUUAUUAAAGUCUUUGUGGAGUCCGUACUAUAAUUUUGAUGGGUGGGUCCAAUUUAAUACAUGCAAUUAAUGGGGCAAAUCAACUUUUUAUGAUUGUUACUUAGCUUGGAUAUGCAUGUAAAUGGUAUUCUUU